AGUUUCGGACUCUCGGCCCGGUCGAUCUCUCCACGGCGCAGCCCACAAGGCGCGUGGGGGGUCACGGCUCCCGACCAAUCCUUUCCGCCGCUCAGCUCGCUUCCUAGAUCUCUCUUCCACAGGGGAAGUCGCCGAGGAGUAGGAGGGCGAGGGUAUGGGGCGGGAGGUGUCGGAGAGCUGCGUUGAUGGGGUGGUGAUGGAGAUGGUGGCUGCCUACUGCGGCCGCUUCUACGCCGCCAAGCCGGAGCUCGCCGCCGGUCGCAUUGAGGCCAUCGGCUUCCAGGUUGGCCAUCAGCUCUCCGAGAGGUACACGAUGGAGCGCCCUCGAUUUACUGAUCAUCUUGAGGCAAUCAAAUUUAUUUGCAAAGAUUUUUGGUCAGAACUGUUCAAGAAGCAGAUUGACAAUCUGAAAACAAAUCAUAGGGGUACCUUCGUUCUUCAAGAUAACCAUUUCCGGUGGCUUACUCGUGUUUCUCUAGAUCCAGCAGUAGAGAGCACUGAUGCAACUGAGAAUGACUCUGGGUCAUUGGGUGAUUCUGCAGCCCAAACAACAAGCAUGCUUUUAUAUUUCCCAUGUGGGUUAAUAAGAGGUGCUCUCACAAACUUGGGAAUUCCGUGUGCUGUCUCUGCAGAUAUGUCAAACCUUCCAGCAUGUUCUUUUGUGGUGCGCAUAAAGACAUGAUCUGCGAGAAAUAGAACAAGUCAGAUAUGAAUGCCGGCCUGUGGUUCAAGUAUUUUGGACGGUAAACUAAGAAUGUUCAGAUAUUUUACUUGACUGUAUUGUAGUGUUCCUCUAUGGUCAAAUUUCAAAUAUUUGUUGUUAUUCUGUGAUGCAAGGUACUGUAAAAUAUUUGGUCUGGCGAAUGCACGUAGCUAUCCAAUUUUUCA